GUAUGUUUUUAUCUUUGGCGCAACAAAAGAAAACUCAUGGUUUGGUCUCUUUCUUUUAGACCUUUUAAAAACUGAAAAUAGAAACACUAUCUAACAUUCAUUUCAAUCAUUCUUUUCGUUUUUGCUUCUUUCGUUCUUGUAUCCUUCAGAAGACAAAACAUUGGAUACAAUAAUGGAAGGCUCAAGAAAUGAAAAGAAGAAGAAGCAACAGCUUGAGAAAGAAAACACAAACACUCAAAAGAACAAGAAGCAGCUACCAAGUGUUUGGUUUUCACUCAAGAAAUCUCUCCACUGCAAAACCGACACCUCCGAUGUCCACGACCCGAGUUCCAGAAGAAAAGAGAUUGCUAAUGCUACAUUAUCCACCAAGAGAUCAACUUGUCGGUCAGGUUGUUCAAGAUCCAUAGCCAAUCUCAAAGACGUAAUCCACGGAAGCAACCGACAUUUCGAAAAGCCAACAACGACGACUUGCUCAAGCCCUCGUUCUAUCGGAAGCGGCGAGUUUCUCAACCCCAUCACUCACGAGGUCAUCAUCAGCAACUCCACUUCCGAGCUCAAGAUCACCGCCGCCGGAGGAGGCGACGUAGACUCCCCCACCGGAGCAAGGGGGUUCGUGGGGACUCUCAGACCAGGAACCCCGGUGCAUUACUCCUCUUCAAACGGGAGCCAAGCGUCGAGAAAGGCUUCGUCGGAGAGAGACAGAGGAGGUGUAGCGUUUAAACAGAGCAGAAGAGAUUACGAACAGAGCAGAAGAGACUCCGCCGUUGUCAACGGAGACGAUUCCUCUGUUUCUUGCCAUAAAUGCGGCGAGAAGUUUAGCAAACUCGAGGCCGCAGAAGCUCAUCAUCUCAGCAAACACGCCGUGACGGAGCUCGUGGAAGGAGAUUCGUCAAGAAAGAUAGUGGAGAUGAUAUGCAAAACAAGCUGGUUAAAAACAGAGAACCAAUGCGGGAGAAUCGAUCGCAUCAUGAAAGUUCACAACAUGCAAAAGACUCUAGCGAGAUUCGAGGAGUACAGAGACACUGUCAAAAACAGAGCAAGCAAGCUACAGAAGAAACACCCGAGAUGUAUCGCCGACGGAAACGAGCUCCUCAGGUUCCACGGAACCACCGUCUCGUGCGGUCUAGGGGUAAACGGGUGCACGAGCCUGUGCUCGUCGGAGAAGUGCUGCGUUUGCCGGAUAAUAAGAAACGGGUUCUCUGCUAAACGGGAGAUGAACAAUGGGAUCGGGGUUUUCACAGCGUCGACGAGCGGGAGGGCGUUUGAGUCGAUCGCGAUGGAGGACGGUGGUGGUGGUGGUGGCGAUGAGACGACGGAGAGGAAGGCGUUGAUCGUGUGUAGGGUGAUCGCAGGGAGGGUUCAUAGGCCGGUGGAGAAUGUGGAGGAGAUGGGUGGGUUGUUGAAUGGGUUUGAUUCUUUGGCGGGUAAAGUUGGUUUGUAUACUAAUGUUGAGGAGCUUUAUUUGCUUAACUCUCGAGCUUUGCUUCCUUGUUUUGUGGUUAUCUGCAAGACCUGAAUCAAAAAUGUUUUGUGUCAA